AUGACUAAAAAUGAGCAAAAGGAAGUGGAACACAUGUCUUUUGUGACUGAAUUUAUCCUGAUUGGCUUAACAGACCAGCCCAGUCUCCAACUACCUCUGUUCUUCCUAUUUCUUCUAAUGUAUUUGGUGACUAUGAUGGGGAAUUUGGGUUUGAUAAUUCUAAUUGGACUUAAUUCACAUCUUCAUACACCCAUGUACUUUUUUCUCUUUAACUUGUCUUUGAUAGACUUCUGCUACUCUUCAGUGUUUACACCCAAAAUGCUGUUGAACUUCAUAUUAAAUAAGAAUAUUAUCUCUUAUAUAGGUUGUAUGACCCAACUCUAUUUUUAUUCAUUUUUUGUUAUUUCUGAGUGUUAUGUGUUAAUGUCGAUGGCCUAUGAUCGCUAUGUGGCCAUCUGUAACCCGCUCUUAUAUAAUAUUGCUAUGUCCCCUAAAAUAUGUUCCUACCUAAUGCUUGGUUCAUAUUUGAUGGCAUUUUCUGGUGCCAUGGCUCACACAGGAUGCAUGCUGAGACUGACCUUCUGUGAUGCAAACACCAUCAAUCACUUCUGUGACAUCCUCCCUGUGAUGCAGCUCUCCUGCACCAGCACCUACGUCAAUGAAUUGGAGGUUUUCAUUGUGGUGGGCAUCAACAUCAUUGUGACCAGCAUCACCAUCUUUAUUUCUUAUGGUUUCAUUGUCUCCAGUGUCUGCCAUAUAAACUCUGCUGAGGGCAGGUCCAAGGCCUUCAGCACCUGCAGUUCCCACAUAAUUGCUGUUUCUCUGUUCUUUGGAUCAGGUGCAUUUAUGUAUCUUAAACCCUCCUCGGCUGGGUCCAUGAAUAAAGGAAAAAUCUCUUCUGUCUUUUAUACCAAUGUGGUUCCCAUGCUGAAUCCAUUAAUUUACAGCUUGAGGAACAAAGAUGUUAAAGUUGCCCUUAGGAAAACCCUGAAUAAAAGGCUUUUCUCAUAG